ACGAAGCUUUACUUACAUUUCACUUUCUUAACAAAGGGUUUUAAACCGACAACGUUAUGUGUAGGUACCUUAACUAAGUCGCGUCGCCACCAUCACUUAUUAUUAAGCCCCACCCCUCAAAACCUAUCAUACUGUUAUGAUAAAGUUUUAUGCUUUAACACGCAAGCAUUGUAUUGCAAUCAAUGUGUAAUAGAUAAUAAUAGCUUUGUGAUCGUUACACGAUAGUCAACACGAAGCUCUGUAAAAAAAGUCUAAAACAUUGUCAACAUUUUAGUUACGAUUUAUGAAACACUUUGAUUUCAUUGUAGUUUUGUUUUAAACCAAAUGGCUCUGGUGUAUAGCUGUUGUUUUUGGUUUUCACUUAGAUUAGGUGGCAUAAUAAUUGCACUAUAUUCAAUAAUACAAGCCUUCAUUGUUUUAACUAUUAGUUGUUUUGGAUAUUCGAACCCUAAGAAUGUAGAAGAAAAAAUAACUAUUUUGGUGAAUGAUUUGAAUUUGAUAUUUACAAAAGAGUUUGUUAAUAAUUUACGGAGCGAUCCAACAAAAACUCUUGGUUUUGUCAUAGUGUUAACAUGCAUCUACAUAAUUAUUUGUAUGUUGUAUGUUUAUGGAGCGUAUAAGUGCAAUAAUAUACUAAUGAUGCCGUACAUCGUAGUAGAGUUGGUUCGUCUCAUUGCGCUUACAGUUUUGAUUAUAACACUCCUAUUAACGCUGAAAAAAAACACAAUGGACAUUGGUCUUCUCAUUGGAGCUAGUGUACUCGGAGGUUUUAUACUGUUGGGCAUGUUUUACCUUUGGGUUUGUGCAGCAAAUCUGCCAAUAGUUAUAAACGAAAAGGAACACGACGAAUACGUUGCUACUAUUACGAAGUUGGAAGAACUUUUACAAGAAAAAAAACCAAGGACUUUGAUAGGCUUUGAUUACGUUCCCUGGUCUAAUUACAAUGAAGCAAUUUAUAAUCAAAAUAUUCAUCGUUUUAAAUAAGGAAAAUGAAAAGAAAUUAAUAAUUUUGCAAUUGUAUUCUUUUAGGUGUGUAUUCUUUGAUUUUUUAAGUGUGUUUUUCAUCUAAUCUCUACUGGCAUUUCUUAGCACGGAACUUUUUCAUCCAAUUUCUUAU